UCUGAUUUUUUAUAUCCAGAUUUCUAUGGAAAAUAUAAUAUAUCUCUAUCAUCGGCUAUAUGUAUAUGUUUAGUAUUUAUUUUAUAAAUUGAAUUUAAAACGGAAUUUUGACAUGGUCCUUUAUGCUUCCUUAAUCAUUCCAUUAUUAUUAUGUAGAUUAGGUGUUUGUAAAAAUGUUUCACAGUGUUCUUCAUUCUUUUUCUCUUUCUCAAGUUGCAAGUGAAGUAUUUUGAAGCUUUAGCCGUAUCAUUGUGGAAUUUGGCUUUUGACUUGGAAUGCACGUGUAAGAAAAAAUUUUGAAAAUUGAUUCAGGGUCUUGCUGCAUGUCAGGCCAGCAUUUUUAACUGCAGUUGCUGAAAAACACGGCUGGAAAAGUCACUUUUAAGCAUGACGAAAUAUCUUCUUACUCGUAUUCUUCUUGAAUGACCCCUGACAACUCUAAACUCAGUUCCUGCCAAAUGACUAUACUUGGGUGUUGUUUAGUUUGAUUUACUGGCUUCUGCUUUGUCUCUGAAAGAAAUUCAUGAUCAUUGUAUGAAAAGAUCAUGAUCCGUUUUUGGUUUAUAUUAGAAUUAGAGCUCUCUCAUGCGUCAGUACUUUUAUCUCAGUCUUGUGCUUGUGUGAUGGAAUCAAACUCAGUUCUCAAUCAAAUUUCUGUUUCAAAUGUCUUCAUGAUGAGUAAUGUGUCCUUAUGCAGAGAAUCUUUUAUUUGGUACAGUUGGCUUGUAAGAAGCAUUUCAACUCCUUCAUGUUUAUCAGAAGCCACUUUGUUGGCAAGUUUUAUUUGCCAUGACGGAUGUGUUAACUUGAGGAACUAUAAGUUGGAGAAAUAUCUUCGACUAUGUACCCAUGGAUCUCUUUCGUCAAACACUUCAAUUGUUAAAAGAUGGUAUGUAUGUGAGCCACACAGUAUUAAUUUGAAGCUGGUACAUGCUAGACAUAUGAGUAAUGCAUCAAUUGAGCUGAAGACAGAUGAAGACGUGGUCAGAUUUAACAUUGGAAAUCAGAUUGCUAUAGAAGGAUCUCAAAAGAAAGGAAAGAAGACUUUGAAACGGCAUAAACUCUCAAGGAAAGCUAAGCUAAACGAACUUAGGUUCUUCAGAUUAAAAGCGAAGAAGAAAAUGAAUUCUCCAAAUCCAGAAGUAAGAAUAAGAUACAAACUUGAAAAGGCAAAAAGAAAGGAAGAAUGGUUGAUUGAGACACUGAGGAAAUAUGAGGUACCUAAAGCGCCGCAGGAAACGUAUGAUCCCGAGAUCUUGACUGAAGAGGAGAAGUUUUACUUAAAGCGUACAGGUGAGAAAAAGAAAAAUUAUGUUCCAGUAGGGAGACGAGGAGUAUUUGGAGGUGUUGUUCUCAAUAUGCAUCUUCAUUGGAAGAAGCAUGAGACAGUAAAGGUUAUUUGCAAACCUUGCAAGCCUGGUCAGGUUCAUCAGUACGCUGAGGAGCUUGCUCGAUUAAGCAAAGGCAUAGUUAUUGACAUAAAGCCAAACAAUACCAUAAUAUUCUAUCGUGGAAAAAAUUAUGUUCGACCAGAUGUUAUGUCACCUCCAGAUACCCUAUCAAAAGCCAAGGCUCUGGAAAAAUAUAGGUAUGAGCAGUCCCUUGAACACACAAGUCAAUUUAUUGAAAAAUUAGAGAAUGAGCUUGAAGAGUAUCAUAAGCAUCUUGCUCGGUAUAAAAAAGAGAAGGAGACUGCACAAGAGGAUGAAGGCAUUGCAAAACCCCCUUUAAUACGAGGGGUAUGUAAAUAGGAGACGACAAGGAAAGGUCCUUAAAUGAUGCUAUGGAACAGAGAGCUCCAAUAGAUGGCUGGUUCAUCCUGCAGCAUAUGUGCCUUGCAUGAGUGAAUAUUCGCCCAAAUAUUAUUUCAGCUUAAAUAUAAGAAGAAAUUGCACAUUCUUGUCUCUGUCUGUAGGAAUUACUUCUGCUCUCAGUUGAUAGUUCGAUUCACCCAUUCUUUUGAUGCACAUUUUACUCUGACUUGGCCAAUGCAAACAAUCCUCUUAAGCUUGGAGGAUCAUAUGGGAUAAGUGGGGAGAACAAGUCUUAGGUUUGCAGCACGUGUCUUCCGGUGGUGGCUGUGCCCAAAUUACUUAAGGCAGCUCCACCAAUAUGGGGGCAAUGCCGCCAAAGAAAUCCUGGACGAUUAUGUUGAAGAGCCCUUCAAGUCGAAUUUGCAACUGAUAUUGAAAUCCGGGACAAAGAGUUGAUCUAGCAGUGUUUGUCAUUUUGGUUGUCAAAGGAAGGUCGUAAAAUUGCUGAGUUCGAGGCCACAAAUUGAAGCUUUUCUAUAUUUCAUUCAGUCAGAGUCUCCAUGAAGGUUACUUUGUUAAGUGUUAAAAAAAGCGCAUAAAUAAAAGAUUUUCCAAGUUCUGCUCAAUUCUCUGACCAUUCUUUCUAAUCAAUCCCUUCCAUUGGUUAAUUUUCGUAUUAUCGUUCGGGUUUGUCCUAUGUUAAUUGUUUCGUACACGCUGCCACACCUGCAUGAGUUGGAUGAAAUUUUUACAUUGGAGUAGGUGUUGAAAAUUUGUUGCUCAAAACCAGGGGCGGAGCUAGGAUUAUUAUUCAGUGUGGAUAAAAUUCUCUUGAUGUGUUCAUAUCCUUUACACAUUCCAGCAAUUCUUUCUCAAUUGUCGUCUUUAUAACAAAUAUAGCUGUGCUCGCUUUGAUUAUCUACUUUUACAUAGCCACGAUUUUGUCUAGCAGUAUCGUGUCAUCCUGUUAACUACUUCCUAUAGGUCUUGUUCUUGGAGAUAAAACUCUAUAUAAAUUUGUUAUGUGGUA